UCUUUGUUGACAAUAAUUGUUCCGACAACCAGUGAAUGCAGCUUCUGGUUUAGGUUACUCCUCAAACGCUUUCCAAGAUGCUAAGGCAAAAUACGCUCCUUAGGUGACAAUGUAAAGAACAGCUCGUCCUGAAAAACAGCGUAUUACACAGCUGGUUCACAAUGGACGAAGAAGGCAGAUGGCAGACAUGUCAUCUCUUGGACCUGCCUUGGGAGGAUGUUCUCGUUCCACACAUUUUGUCCUACUUGCCGUUGCAGCACAUUGUCAGCCUGCAGAGGGUGAGCAAGCAGUUCCACAGCCUCGUCCAGGUGUAUCUGGCCAACUGCAGGACUUUUAAUUUUUCCACCAUUGGACCGUGCAUCCCCAAGGAAGCAUUUUGCGCAAUGUUAAAAGACAAUAAAGUUCUCCAGAACCUGUCCCUUCAAAACUGUUCAGACUGGGUCACAGACAAGGAGUUGCUUCCUGUUAUCGGCCAGAACCAGCAUCUGCACAGGGUAGACAUGAGUGGCUGUGCCUCCCUCACCCGCCACUCCUUAGUGGCCGUGUCCUUGAGCUGCACGCAUCUCCAGAAUCUCGGCCUGGCUCACUGCGACUGGGUGGACUGCCUGUCUCUGCGCAGCCUGGCUGACCACUGUGGGGGGCUUCGGUCGAUCGAUCUCACCGCCUGCCGCCAGCUGAAGGAUGACGCCAUCUGCUACCUGGCCAAAAAGUGUUCCGAGCUGAAGUCGCUGUCGUUGGCGGUCAAUGCCAACAUUACAGACGAGUCGGUGGAAGAGGUGGCCAAGAACUGCAGGGGUCUGGAACAGCUGGAUCUGACAGGUUGUCUGCGAGUCCGGAACCAGUCCAUCAGAACUCUUGCAGAGUAUUGCCCAAAGCUGCAGUCCCUGAGGGUGAAUCACUGUCACAACGUGACCGAGUCGAGCCUCGACCCUCUCCGGAAGCGCAACGUAGUGAUCGAUGUUGAGCCGCCUUUACCGCGGGCCCUGGUGCUUCUUCAGGAUAUGCUGGGUUUCGCUCCUUUUAUCAAUCUGCAGAUUUAGCCACAGGGAGAAACUCGAGAACGAGUUCACAAAGUGAGGUGACUGGCAGUUGUCACUUGAACCCAUAUCAAGUGAUGGAGAAAUGUUUCGACUUUUCAGAAAAGUAUGGAUGUGGAAUAAAAAAACAAAAAGAGAACCUCACUGGAUCGUGGUCAACGCUGCAAAGUUGGAAUUUAACUGAAAAUAAGUUUGAAUUUAACAUUCAAAGAAGAAAGCCAUGUGUGUUUUUAGCCUUGCUGCCUCUUGUCCAAAAUAUAUUACUGCACUUUUUAUUCACUUAAUGUCACAAGAUUGCAUUCCUAACCAAAAGCAUAAUAUAUCUUUUUUGUUGUUGUUUGUUCCAAACAAAAUGCAAAGCUACAAAUGGUCUUAUGUUUCAUUUAGAAACAUUUACAAUGUUUGAGUUUAAUUAAACAUUUUGUUUCGCUUGAGUUUACUUGCAGAAAGGGUCAGUUCACCCAGGGCACACAAAUGCAUUCCCAAAGCUGUCACUGCAACACUAGAUAUUUGUUUUAAUUUAUUUAAGGUUUAAUAUCUCUACUGUGGCCAAUGCAGCGCUUGUAUCCCCCCCACUGACGCGUUUUCUUGAAACAUUUAGGUUUUAUCUGCUGUUUCACACUUUGCCACACCAGAAACACUCAGAAGUAACUGAAUCAUUAUAUGUUGUUUUUGUGAUGUGAUUGAAGUGACCCUUAAAAUGAUAUUGUUCUAAAUGUACAGCCUCAGCACUCGUUUCAAACACAAGAAUUUAUUCAGACUUUUUCCCCAUUAAGUCUGAGUAGAUUUUAUUAGAUCUUGUUAAGCAGUUAUUGUUCUUGGGACACGGCACAGGAAUUAUGUAAGCAGUUAAAUGAAAAAAUACGACCCGAAAAAUUGUGUCCCUGCUGUAAUUUGUAAAGCAAAACUUUUUUAUGUAUGCUGUCUUUUUUUUUUUUUUUUUUAAAUCAGUAGUAUAAAAACGGAGGGAAUGAAUAUAUCCUCCUCUAUUUGUUUCCACUUUCCCUUUUUAUCCAGACAUUGUAUCGUAAAGACAGAUUAAGAUCAUGUGUUGAUUUCACGCACAUUUCUGAGUUCAAUUUAAAGCUUCAAACACUGAAACUAAAUCACUAUAAUAGCCCUGUUUUGCAUUUAUUGUCCACUUGAUGGCAUAGUGGGGCAAAUGAAGCAUCAUGACGCUUUGGCUCAUGAGUGGACCAAUUGGAAAGAAAGUUUCAGUGCUUCAUAGCCUUAUCUUGCUGUAACUAGUAGACAGGUGUAUGUUGUUCAAAUAGGUUUCUAGUUGGUAGGUGAUCAGAUGUGUAUUUCAUGCAAUAAAAUGCCAAUUAUUUAAAA